GGGUGGGCUCAUUGUUUUGGAGCUGGAGGAAGGGCUGCGCUUUGCUCCCCCACCCCAGCGCCUUGGUUCCUCCUACCCAGCAGUCUUUGGGGGAAGUUGGGUGAGCCCAUUCCUAGGGCGCGGGGGAACUGAGCUUGGCCCCUUUGGCGGUGGGCGGAGCCUGAGCCUGGGAGAACAACUGGGUCCUGGAACACCCAGCCUGGAGGGGAGGGUUGGUCUGUCGGCUCUCCGCUAUGCCGCUGCCUGUUGCGCUGCAGACCCGCUUGGCCAAGAGAGGCAUCCUCAAACAUCUGGAGCCCGAACCGGAGGAAGAGAUCAUUGCUGAGGACUAUGAUGAUGACCCUGUGGACUAUGAGGCUACCCGCUUGGAGGGCCUGCCUCCAAGCUGGUACAAGGUGUUUGACCCUUCCUGCGGGCUCCCUUACUACUGGAAUGUGGACACAGACCUCGUGUCCUGGCUCUCCCCACAUGACCCCAACUCGGUCGUUACCAAAUCUGCCAAGAAGCUCAGGAGCAAUAAUGCAGACGCUGAGGAGAAGUUGGAUCGGAGCCACGAGAAGUCGGAACGGGGCCACGAGAAGCCGGAACGGGGCCACGAGAAGUCGGAACGGGGCCAUGAAAAAUCAGAGCGGGGCCACGAGAAGUCUGACAGAGAUCGAGAGCGUGGUUAUGACAAGGUGGACAGAGAGAGAGAGAGGGACAGGGAUCGGGAUCGUGACCGCGGGUACGACAAAGCGGACUGGGAAGAGAACAAAGAACGGCGCCAUCAUCGCCGAGAGGAGUUGGCUCCCUACCCCAAGAGCAAGAAGGUGGCAAACCGGAAGGAUGAAGAGUUAGACCCCAUGGACCCCAGUGCAUACUCGGAUGCACCUCGGGGCACGUGGUCAACAGGACUCCCCAAGCGGAAUGAGGCCAAGACGGGUGCAGACACGACAGCAGCUGGGCCCCUCUUCCAGCAGCGCCCCUACCCGUCUCCAGGGGCUGUGCUCCGGGCCAACGCUGAGGCCUCCCGAACCAAGCAGCAGGACUGAGCCUCCCACUCCCCCACUCCCCACCCCCCACCCCCCCAAGGAGUUUUUAAUAAAGGAUUUUCGAUGGAUUCUGA